CAAGACCUCCGGCUCAAAAGAAGAAGAAGAAGAAGCCUCGAGUCCUCCAGACAACAAACAUGGCGGACGAUCACACAGACGGAGACCAGUCCAUGGAGGGCCACACUCCUGUGUCUGAAAACCCUCACGCAGAGUACGGUCUGACGGAAAACAUCCAGAGGACGGUGGAGAACGAGAAGGCUGGCUCGGAGAAGUCCUCGAAGCAGAAGGUGGACCUGCAGGCGCUGCCGACCCGAGCCUACCUGGACCAGACCGUAGUCCCGAUCCUGCUUCAGGGUCUGUCGCUGCUCGCCAAGGACAGACCUCCGAACCCGAUCGAGUACCUGGCGGCGUUCCUGCUGAAGAACAAAUCCCAGUUUGAAGAGAGGAACUGAACUGUGAAGUCGUUUCAUUCAGUAGAAACUCGUUUGUUCAUAAACUGCUACACUGUUGUUGUUUUUUGUUUUUUAUUAUCCAGAAUAAACAUGUUGAUGAUGUGACAGGA